GUUGCGAGAUCUUGUUUACACCUCGUUUGAUAGGAUCAGCUCGCCAGUGCUGUUGUUUUACCUUGUGCCAUCGGUUCGCGUUUUUUAGGAAGAUGCCGAAACGAGGAAGAAAAGUGAGGCAGACUAUACCGGGAAUAGACUGUGUGACAAAACAAGACGCGCUGUAGGAAUCAGUGAGAUCAAUAGAGAAAGGAUCGAUUUAGUGUUUUCAAAUUUAUCUUGCAGUACUCCUUUUCCUUUUUAAAAAAUCAUUUUAUUGCUGGAAUGCAGGAGCGAUAUGUGGAUAGAAGAAUGGCAAAGUAGCAGGCUUAUUUCAUUGUUGGCAUCAAGGAUUUAAUAUGAGCUAAUCCAUAUCUGAAUGGUAUUUAAGGGCAUUCUAAAUGCCUAAACAUUUCCAGAGCUUUGCUAAGGAAAACUUUUAAAUGUCAUUUUUUAUGGAAUGGCUCUGCGUAUUUGCUUCAUAUCUUGCACCUUGGGGCUGCCACAGGCUAUGCAUUGAAACCAAACUGCAUUCUUGGACAAACACGCAGCCCGGUGCAAGGUGAUUUUAUUAAUGGUUUGGUAUUAUAGAAAAUAUCACACUGGACGAGGACUGAACUUUGCAAAGUGUGAAUUCCUGUGUGAUAUUCUUAGUUUUUAAAUAGCGAAGACGGUAGCAAAGGGUCUGUGUCACAACUCCGGAGAGUAAGGCUAUAUGAAGAUCGCGACACUGUUGAUCUUCCCUCGCAGAAAUGCCAGUGCGUGCUGUGACCACCAGGUUCAUGUACAAGGGACUUUGCACUAUUCCAGAUGUCCUCACCUACCGGGCCCCUGUUGCUUUGCCUGAGGAUGAAGUGGAAGAAAUUCGAGAAGCCUUCAAAGUAUUUGACCGAGAUGGGAAUGGCUUUAUCUCAAAGCAGGAGUUGGGGACUGCAAUGCGCUCACUGGGCUACAUGCCCAAUGAGGUGGAGCUGGAGGUUAUCAUCCAAAGACUUGACAUGGAUGGUGAUGGCCAGGUUGGCUUUGAAGAAUUUGUCACAUUGCUGGGCCCUAAACUCUCCGCUGCUGGAAUGCCUGAUAAGUUUCAUGGAGCAGACUUUGAUUCAGUGUUUUGGAAGUGUGACAUGCAAAAACUGACUGUGGAUGAGCUUAAGAGACUGCUGUAUGAUACUUUUCGUGACCACCUCACCAUGAAAGACAUUGAGAACAUAAUCAUGACUGAGGAGAACCACCUGAACAGUACAGACUCUCACGUGGACAUUGACACAAGCCCAACACAACAAGAAAAACACACAUGUGUGCGUAAAAGCUUGAUUUGUGCCUUCGCCAUUGCAUUCAUCAUCAGCGUUAUGCUCAUCGCAGCAAAUCAAAUGCUCCGCAGAGGAAUGAAGUAAAUCCAUGUUUCCAGCUGGUUACAAAAAAAUGGGAUAGGAUGGACACUAACAAAGUUAACACUGACCAAAAUACUUUACGUUUUGGGGGGGGUUGUUUAAUCUUUUUGACACCCAUAAUGAUACUAUCGCAGCUUCUCUCUAUAGCUGAUGAAUUGAUGUCAUGCAGUGGUUCUGUAUGACCACUGAUCAUAGCAUACCAUGGUAAAACAGAAAGAACAAAAGAAAGACAUUUCAAGGGCUGAAUAGUAAACAGUAGCAUCUCAUUCAUUCAAGCUCUGAUGUUUCUAAAAAAUAUUUCACUGUACACAUAUUGCUGUAGUAAUAGCUGUGUUGUGUCUAAUAAUGUUAAAAUAAUUAAUGUUGUUCAUGAGAACCUUGCCAUUUGGAAUGCAUUCAAUAAUGGUAUUGCCAAUGAUAGUAAUAAAGCAAUAUAAAAGUAUUAUUGGGCUACAUAUUGCAUAGAUUUAUAUUGCUUACUAAAACCAUAAGGACAAAUGACUGUACUGCAUCAUGUCUAGCUUUAAAGUCUCUGUUUGCCCUAGUAUGCCAGGAUUUCCAGCUCACAUCCACUUCAACAGCUUUUCCUAAACUGGCACCAUUUGUGAUAUAAAUCUUAUCAAAACAGUUGCCUCACCAAUUCAAAACACCAGACUGGACUACAUAAAAAAACUUACUUAAUUCUUGAGUUUCCCAGAAAAAAGUCCCUGUGUCUAUACAAAUCUGCUGAAUAAGAUACAGAUUAUACUGACAAAUUUGUAGCCAUUCUAGAAGAAUGCCUAGGGAUGACAGUGCAGUCUGUUGGUUGGUCAGUUUCCCCUCUGAUCAAAACAGAAAUUUCUCAACAACUGCUGGACAGAUUGCCAUGAGAUAUCUAUAGUAAAACAUUGCCAUGACAUUUGUGGUUCUGAGACAAAUGUCUCAGUGACUACUGGGGGAACUGUCAUGAAAUUAUAUACAUUUAUGUUCCACUCAGGAUUAAUUGUAAUAUAGUUGCUGAUUCUUUAACCUUUUAUUUAAUGCCAUCAGCACAACACAUUUUUAAUUUGCCUAUUACUGUGGUUUGCAACCAGGGUCUUGUAGAACAAAUGCCAUUCCAUUGAGUGUCAGCUGUAUUUUGUGUUUAGUGCUAAGUAGCAAAUGUUAAUGUUUUCAUAAACUAUUAAGAUGAGGAACAUGGUAAACGUUAUCCUUGCUAAACAUAUGCAUGCUAGCACUGACAAUGUUAAGCAUGCUAGUGUUAGCAUGUAGCUUAAAGCACUGCUAUGCCUAAGUGCAGCCUCAGAGAGACUCACUUCAAAUAUUUUGUAUACACAGCUUUAGGACAACACACAUUUUCAUAUGUUGUAAAGCUUUAUCUUAUUAUCCAACAAGUCACACCUCACCUUUAACUGACUUAAAGGCAUAUGAAAGUCAUAAAAUGAAAAAGGUUCAUCAAUCAAAUGCACAACCAUGACAAUAAGCAGAUUAAAUACCCCAACAAUCAAAAUAAUGUUGUGAACAAGCAUAUUGUAGUAACACUUUGGAUAGCACCGCUAAAAAGAGAAAGACUGACAUCAUGAAGACCCACAACUGUAUACUUUAUACUCUAGUGAGCUGUUCUGCAGAGAAAUCCCACAGUCCAUUUCUAAAGAUGUCCAAAUUGAGCAGUUCUGACUGAGCAGCUGGGGAUUGCUUUGUGAAUCAAACAUCUGUUUUCCCAGUUGAAUGGAACUUGAACUUGUAGGUUUAAAAAUUAAACUGAAAUGAACAACGAACUCCAAAUUAAAGAAGGAAUUCAUAAAAUCCCUCUAAGAAAUAUUUGACAAAAAUAUGUGCAUGGAUAGUUUUCCAGAGACCCAGACUCUGAAGACAGAUAUCGAUUCCCUCACCAGCAAACAGCUGGUAAAACAUGUUUCUGUCUGCCUGUAGUAUAUUCACAAUAAUGGUGUAUAUUUCAAAUUUGUGUAUCUACAAGAGGGAACAAUGACUCACACUAACAAACAUUUUAGUAGCUGCAUGACUUGACCUAUCAGCUGUGAAUUAACUUAACCAUGAAAAGUUUUGAGUCUUGACAAAACUGUAUUCACUGUAAUAUUUAUAGCAAGUCAGUAUUCAUACAGCACAUAUGCCGGAACAGUAAAUUAGAAACAAGUGAGUGUCCGAUGUGUGAAAUCUGGUGUGUGUACUAAAAUAAUUAUGCAAUUUGUAAAGUGAACAUUGCAAAAAGAAAAAAAAAUUCAGUAUUUGACAUUUUACUGUAAAAGUCUAUUUCUGUGAAUGUGUAGACAAUAUAAAAUACUUUGCAGUAUGCUAUAAACUAUAAUUUAACAUAUCAUCAAAAUGUUGUUUUCUGGCUUUUACAUGGACCACAAAAACAACAUAUUGUUUAAUAUAUAACAUGGUUAUAUUUUCUUACUUGAAAAAGUGAAUCAUUAAAUCUAUCUAUGUGAUUUUAUUAUGAAUGUAAGCAUACGGUUUUGCAAAAAAAAAAAAAAAUCCAAAAAUAUCACGUUUCUGAUGUAUAAUUUCCAGAUUGACUGGACAUUCAGAUAACAGUUGUUGUGUGUAUUAAGGCCAUGCACUUACAUUAACUUUUUGGAUUUGUUAAGAUUUAUUUCUCUGAAUGUAUUCUUUAACUAAUAAUUGUCAAAUUUGACAAGUUGGUACAGAUUUGUCUUGAUUUUUUUUUUAUUUUAAGUGUUAUCAAAGCUAGACCCCAAGAGGAAACGUGUGAAACAGUAAGAACACUUCUGGCAAUAAAACUGAUAUUUUAUCUCAUAUACAGUAGCUGCAUAUGUGUUAACUACUUACAGUAUAUUACACUGCAUUACCUCUCCAUAUGAACAUAUCAUGUAAGGUGUGGGUUUUGUGUGAAUGUUAAAUAUACUUACCAUGACAAAUCUUGUCUUAAGGCAUAUAACAAAAUAUUGUGUCCUAUUCUGUAUGUUACACUGUUUUAAUGAGCAGUUCUAUGUACACUUUGUUAAUGGAUUGUCUUAAGUGUUGUUAUACGGUAAGUUUGAUUUGAACUGUAGAUGUCUUCUGUUCUGUGCCUUUGGCGUAUUAAAAACUGCACUCUGCACAUGACUUGUCUUAAAGUAACUUUAGAAAGACUUUUAGAAAAAUGGAAAAUCCAUUAUGACAACAUUUUAAUUGAAAUGACUUAUGAGUAAUUUAAUUACCAAUAAGGAUUUCUGUAUUAUGUUCCUUUCUCCUCUUUUCUUGAUAAACUGAUUUUUCAGUUAAUAUUUGUUGUACAAUCCUGCUGUGUGACCAGUAUUUUAAUGUCUAGGUUGAGAAUAUCGUGCACUGUUUUAUUUCUGUGUUACUGCAUACAGUAUGUGGAGGUUACUGCAUCAAUUAUACACUAAUGUAAGUGGGGUCUAAAUGCAUGUAGUCCAAAGCAAUGGCAUU